AUGGCUCCCCAAAAGAUUGGUAGCGUUAUUUUCUUUGUGAUAUUAAGUUUAGGCAUUUGUUCUGCCACUAGAGCCCUCUUCACUAGUGAAGAAUUAUUAGGAGGCAAGAUUAAUGUUGCUAUAGGGGGGUAUGGUGGUGGUAGUGGAGAAGGCGGUGGUGCUGGAUAUGGCACUGCUGGUGGAGGACAUGGCGGGGGCGGAGGUGGAGGUAGCGGUGGUGGCGGUGCUGCUGCUGCUGGGGGUGCAGGGUAUGGAAGUGGGGCGGGUGAAGGAGGAGGUGCAGGGUAUGGUGCUGGUGGAGAACAUGGGGGUGGAUAUGGCGGUGGUGGUGGUGGAGGUAGUGGCGGCGGAGGUGGUGGCGGUAUAGGUUCUGGAGCAGGUGGUGGUGAAGGAGGGGGUGCUGGCAGUGGGUAUGGUGCUGGGGGAGGAGCAGCAGGUGGUGGCCAUGGAGGAGGAGGAGGUGGUGGGAGUGGUGGCGGCGGAGGUGGUGGAGAAGGUGCUGGGGGAGCACAUGGAGGUGGAUAUGGCAGCGGUGGAGGAGCCGGUAGUGGAGCUGGUGGAGGUUACGGUGGUGCUGGUGCUGGUGGCGGGGGCGGUGGAGGCUCUGGUGGUGGAGGCGGAUCGGGUGGUGGAGGUGCACAUGGUGGUGGGGCCGGCUAUGGAGGCGGUGCUGGGGGCGGUAAAGGUGGUGGUCACGGUGGCUAUGCGCCUUGA